GAGUGAACAUCAAUACCUGCACGAACUAGCCACAGCAAAGCACAGCACAGCACAGCAGGAUGGAGACUGUGGAGGACGUAAAAGUGGAGGCGUUAACAGCCACCUCGCAAUUCGUGAAACCCCUGAGGAUGCACUACCGGCAGGACAAAAAGGACAAGAUCUGGGACUUGGUGAGCCUGCACGACAGUGUGAGUGUCAUUCUCUUCAAUACAGACCGGCGGGUGCUGGUUUUGGUGAGGCAGUUCAGGCCAGCUGUGUACUACAACAGUGUUCCUGAAGAGGAUCGCCAAGCGUCAGGAAACGUGGACACCUCGAAGUACCCGGGCUGCAGUGGCAUCACCCUUGAGCUGUGUGCUGGCAUUGUAGACAAGAAGGUGUCCCUGGAGGAGAUGGCACGGCUGGAGGCGCUGGAGGAGUGUGGCUAUGAUGUGCCACUGAAAAACUUUGAACACGUUAAAACAUUCAGGUCAGGGGUAGGAGUGUCUGGUGAUCGGCAGACAAUGUUCUAUGCUGAGGUGACGGACAAGAUGAAGGUUACAGAAGGAGGUGGUUUAGAAGCAGAAGGGGAGUUGAUAGAGGUGGUGGAGAUGAGAUUGCAAGAAGUGAGGGAGUUGAUGGCCAAGCCUGAGGUCACAGCCCCUGUUGGAUUGCUCUUUGCUCUCACUUGGUUCCUGCAACACAAGGCCCCACCUACCACUACUACCACUGCCACCACCACCUAAUCUACCAGCAGUGCCACUCCACCUACCAGCACUCACUAAACCCACUACCACUGUCACCUAAUCCUCCAUCACUGCCACCUAGUCCACCACCACCACCUAGUUCACUACCACCACCACCACUGUCACCUUCCUGCAUCUUUACUACUAGCUUUGAGUAAUACUGAUUCUGUUCCACCUAUCUGCCACCAUUACUUUUACUACCAUGCUUCUCACAACUACAGUUAGUACUAUUUAUUCUCUUUAUACUGUACAGUAGUUAGGUUUGUUAUAUUAGUUAUUGAAGGGUUGUGUUAUUAAGUUAAACGGUAAGUUUAGUAAGGUCUGCAAAGUUAUUCACUUGUAUCCACUUUCCUGCAAUUGUUUCUACAAGUAGUAUCACCACUCCUCUCCUUUAGCUUCAUGCUACACCAUGUCACCUUCACCACUAGUUCAUCAUAGGUCACCACAGCAACACUACAGACACCACUGCUCUGUCAGUCAUCACUUCCAUGAACUCACCUCCAAACAAAAUGCAUUCUCCAAUAAUAGUACAGUACUAGUAUGCACAAGUUAUUUAGCUUGUAUGGUGUGUGGUGGUGGGCAUGCUUGUGUAUAAUGAGGGAACAGAAGAGCUAUCCUACGUUAUAAAAUGCAGCUGGAUCAAAAUAUUGUAAUGAAUCAAAGUCCUCUUUCAGUGAUAUGGUCCUAGCACAGCUUCUAAUGUGGGAUUUCUCAGAGGCAGUGGGCUGGUGAAUGUCUGCCUGGGAUGACCAAAGCGAGGCACACGGGUAUUAUUCCUUACUUGAUCAUGAUUUGUGGAGCAGGAUAGCUAUAUGCUCUGUGGCUAAAGAGUUAGUGAUGGAAACUAAAGGCCUUGGCACUGCCACCAUAAGGGUUAUGUGAUUCUGUUUACAAUAAAACCAGAGUUUUGUAGUAUGUAUAUAAAUCUUGCAUUGUGUACAUAUUUAGUAAAGCAGGUUUUUUGCUCCAUAAACGAAAUCAUCCAGUUGUGUAAAAAGAAUGAAAGUGUCAUGAAAAGUGCAGAGAAGGACCUGUGAUACUAAUAAUGAAAAUUGUUAUUGUUUCUGCAAGUUUUUAUUUUUUAUAGUACCUUUUCUCCUUGCCUUCCUACAAUGCUUACCAAGAGAAAGGAGGUUUUGCACAUACACAUUUAGUUGACUCUAGUCCAAGAUUCCAAAGCAGGUCUGAAGCUUCCAUAGGAUGCAUUGACCAUUAAGAAAAAUAAACUAUAUAGGACUACGUGCUGAGAGAUAUAUGUAAAAUUGGAAAUAUAAAUGAAAAUACAAUAUAUUACAUAUACGUAAUAAAAGAAUAAUAUUA